UGGGCUAGAAUAAAUAUUUCCUCUAUGUAUUAUCUGCAGUCAAGUACGGUCAUUUCUGGUUACUCUUGCUUUGCUCGGAGUUCAAAACAGACAGGUCAGAGAAGUUGAGAUAGAGGACAAGAGAUGAUCAAAAGUUGUCAUGAGACGCGCCCAAAUGAAAAGAGAACAUGCCUGGUGUGGUGGACGUUCGUCUGGCUGAGAGAGAACCCGCAGAGAAGAGGAGUCUGCUCUCAUGGGAGCAGAAAAACACUUGCAUUCUGCCAGAGGACCUGAGGGACUUCUACCUGACAACUGACGGCUUCACACUAACAUGGGCUGUUAAACUAGAUAAUGAAUGUGUUCCCCUUGGUUGUAUGACCAUCAACGGUGUGGCUAAACUGUGCCCGCUGCUCCAGCCUGUGUCCUUGUUCUCCCUUCCCAACGCUCCCUCUCUGGCUGACUUGGACUGGGAGGAAAAUAACUCUGAUGGAUUGGCACCUGGUCCUUCGUUGCCCCACUUUGAUUCACGGAGUCGCAUUUUUGAGCUCGAUUCUUGCGAAGGGAACGGCAAAGUGUGCCUCGUGUACAAGAACUGCACUCCAGGUGUCGUAGCACAACAGAGUGAGAUAUGGUUCCUUGACCGCUCGCUGUGCUGGCAUUUCCUGACCUCCACCUUCACCUCCUACUACCGACUGAUGGUCACACACUUGGGCCUGCCUGAGUGGCAAUACUCUUUCACCCCGUAUGGCCCAAGCCCUCGAGCAAAGCAGUGGGCGUCGCUCUACCGGCCGCUGACGUUUAAGAGCGAGCCGAUGACGACGGACCCUUCCGGAGACGCCCAUCUCAACCAGCUGGAUCCUAUAAAGGCAUUUAAAAGCAGAGCAAAAGUGUCCACUCCGAAGAAGAAACCAACGACGCAGGGCAGCUCUGGCAGUGCUGCAAAGAGCCAAGGCAGCGUGGGGAAGAACGUCGGCGUGAAACGCUGAUCCAAUAAUCUGGCAAGCUGGUGUCCUGAGCUGCGCUCUUAUUUAUUUAAAUGGUGUACACCACGUUAUUGAGGCAGAUCAUCAGAAGUGACAAACUCUUUUCUUUGGAAUAACAACAGCUUUAUUUCAUGUGAAACGUGGCAGGUUUAAGUUACAUCCAUGGAUGAAUACAAGCGUGAAGUAACAAUGCUGAAGGUUUGUGGCUGUAACAGUGCUGAAGCUUGCUUGAAGAACCAACAUUAACUAGGCAGGUCAACAAGAACUGCAAUCCAAGUGCUGCAUGUCAACUCUGAAACACUUUGUCGGCUGGAACACUUUUACUUUUAUUUUGAAGUUACUGCUACAAGAUCAGAUCCCUGUUGUGUAUCUGUAUUUAAGUAACAUGUACAGUACAUGUUUUACAACUUUUUUUAAAUUAAAACCCUUCAUUUAAAAUACAUUUGUAACAAAUUGUUUCAUUAUCUGGAAUAAAUUCAGUCAUCUAAAAGCACCAUGUUUUCAAG